AUGAAGCAGCUCGUAUCCCAAGAUGCGCCGAAGAAGAUCAAGCACAUCCAGUUUGGUGUGCUGUCCAAGCAGGACAUCGUCAACAUGUCCGAAAUCGAGGUCACCACUCGAGACCUCUACACUAUCGGCGAAUCCGAACGCAGACCCGUUGCAAACGGUACCCUCGAUCGGCGCCUGGGUGUCUCGGAUAAGAACUCUCUCUGCGAGACUUGCCACCUCAAAAUGGCAGACUGCGUAGGCCAUUACGGCUACAUCAAGCUCGUGCUUCCCGUGUUCCACGUCGGCUUCUUCAAGCAUACCGUCGCUAUCCUUCAAAGCAUAUGCAAGAACUGCGCCACCGUCCUGCUCGAAGAACCUGAUCGCCGAAAGUUUCUCAAACGAUUCAGAAGACCGAACCUCGAGAAUCUCGAUCGCACCAGGACGUUUAAGUCUGUCAACACCAUCGCCCGAAAGGUGCUCUAUUGCCCGAAAUGCGGCUACACCAAUGGCACCGUCAAGAAGCAAGGCCAGCUCAAGAUCGUCCAUGAAAAGUUCCGCGCGAAGAAGACGGCAGCAGAGCACGACGAAUUCAAGGCGUCCUUCUCCACCAACAUCAAGAUGGGCAACGGCGACAUCUCACCACAUCUCAACAAAGCACAGGAGGAUCUCAAUCCGCUCAAGGCGCUCGACCUCUUCAAACGCAUCUCGGACGAGGAUUGCGAACUGCUCGGAUUGCGGCCGGAAUUCGGUCGCCCCGAGGAGUACAUCUGGCAGUAUAUCUGCGUCCCACCAGUCUGCAUCCGUCCCUCGGUCGCGCAGGACGGCGCAACCAACGAGGACGAUGUCACCAUCAAGCUCACAGAGAUCAUCUUCACCAACAGCCUGCUCAAGUUGGCUCUUGUCAAGGGCGGCAAAGGAACCACAACCAGUCAGCUCGUACAGCAGUGGGAAUUCCUGCAGCUCACCGUAGCCCUCUACAUCAACUCGGAGCUGCCGGGCGUUCCCAUCCAACCCGGUCAAAAGCCAAGCCGCGGCUUCUGCCAGCGUCUCAAGGGCAAACAGGGUCGAUUCCGAGGCAACUUGUCCGGCAAGCGUGUCGACUUUUCCGGACGAACUGUCAUUGGUCCCGACCCUAACCUCAAGAUCGACGAAGUUGCGGUACCACAGAGGGUGGCCAAGGUUCUCACCUAUCCGGAGCGAGUCUUUGAGCACAACAUCGAGCAGUUGCGGCAGGCCGUUCGCAACGGUACCGAUGUGCAUCCAGGCGCCAAUUACCUCAUGGACGGCAAGACUGGCUUCAAGCGUUUCCUCAAGUUCCCAGGCAUGCGCGAGGAGCUCGCCGAAAAGUUGCGCGUCGGCGAUAUUGUAGAGCGUCACAUCCGUGAUGGAGAUAUCGUUCUUUUCAACAGGCAGCCUUCGCUCCACAAGCUUUCCAUCAUGUCCCACAGAGCCAAGAUUCGACCGUGGCGCACCUUCCGUCUCAACGAAUGCGCCUGCAACCCUUACAAUGCCGAUUUCGACGGAGACGAGAUGAACAUGCACGUUCCACAGACCGAGGAGGCCAGAACCGAGGCCACAGUUCUAAUGGGCGUCAAGCACAACUUGGUAACCCCGCGAAAUGGAGAGCCCAUCAUCGCCGCCAUUCAGGAUUUCAUCACCGCUUCCUACCUCAUCUCUAAGCGGGAUCGAUUCUUCAACCGAGCCCAAUUCUCGCAGAUCUGCAGCUACUUUGCCGAUGCCGAGCUUCAGAUAGACAUCCCUCCACCGGCAAUAAUGAAGCCCGUUCGCCUUUGGACGGGCAAGCAGGUGAUGUCGUGUCUAAUCCGACCCAACCGCAAGAGUCCACAUCUCGUCAACCUCGAGGCGCAAUGCCGAACAUUCGAAAAGCCUACAGGCGGUCACCCGAAGGAUAUGUCGCCUAACGAUGGCUGGCUCGUCAUCGUCAACAGUGAAGUCAUGUGCGGUGUCUUUGACAAGUCGACCGUCGGUGACGGCAAGAAGAACUCGGUCUUUGGUGUCAUGCUGCGUGACUACGGGCCCGAUGCGGCCAUCACUGCGAUGAACCGGCUUGCAAAAACGUGCGCUCGAUGGCUCACCAACCAGGGCUUCUCGCUCGGCAUCAACGACGUCAUCCCGGGCCCAAACCUGCGCACCAACAAGGAUGCAAAGGUCGAAGCCGCCUAUGCCGAGUGUCUCGACCUGAUCGAGAAGGCAAAGCACGGCAAGCUCGAGAAUCUACCAGGUUGCGACCAGGAGCAGACGCUGGAGAACAUGAUCUCCGGUGUGCUCUCAGGUGUUCGUAGCGACGUCGGUGAGAUCUGCAUGACGGAGCUCAGUCGUCACAACGCACCGCUGGUCAUGGCUGUCUGUGGUUCCAAAGGCUCCAAGAUCAAUGUGGCUCAGAUGGUGGCGUGUGUAGGUCAGCAAAUCAUCGGUGGUUCCCGUGUGCCUAACGGCUUCCAGGACCGAUCGCUGCCACACUUUGCCAAAAAGUCCAAGGACCCACCCUCCAAGGGUUUCGUGCGCAACUCGUUCUUCAGCGGUCUCACCCCUACCGAGUUCCUCUUCCACGCCAUCUCGGGUCGUGAGGGUCUGGUUGACACUGCGGUCAAGACGGCAGAGACGGGAUACAUGCAGCGUCGUCUCAUGAAGGCGCUCGAGGAUCUCUCUACGCACUACGAUCUCAGUGUUCGCAACUCGGUGGGCGGUGUCGUGCAAUUUAUCUACGGAGACGAUGGUCUCGACCCAGCCGAGCUCGAGGGCAAUGCCAUGCCGAUCGAGCCAUUCCGAUUGUGGCGCCACUGCUUGGCCAUCACGCACCACGUUGCUGGACGCGGUCUCUACCCCUACGAGAUCAUGGAGGUCGUGAAUCGCGAGCUAAGCAGCGAUCGCUUUGUCAACACGUGCACCCAGAAGUACCGCGACUCAGUGCACGAGUUUCUCUACGGAAACGUGUACCAGCGUGCGGUCAAGGUGCGCGAAGCGUUCGGCAUGUACGGUGCCGAAGCGCGCGAGGAGCACUGGGACGAAGAGACCGAUCUCUCGAUCGGCGCGGAUCGCGACCAGUGGGCUAUUGUCAACAACAAGACCAAGAUCAAGGAGGCGGCCAUCCUUGCGUUCCUCGACCAGUGCUACAUCAAGUACAUGAAGGCCAAGAUCGAGCCGGGCUCUGCAGUGGGUGCCGUCGGAGCGCAAUCGAUCGGCGAGCCGGGAACGCAGAUGACGCUUAAGACCUUCCAUUUCGCCGGUGUCGCCUCGAUGAACGUGACGCUCGGUGUGCCGCGUAUCAAGGAAAUCAUCAAUGCAGCCAAAUCAAUCAACACGCCGAUCAUCGAAGCCAAACUCGUGUCCGAGAAAUCCGAACGCGCUGCACGAAUUGUCAAGGGCCGCAUCGAGAAGACCUACCUGGGCGAUAUUGCAUCGGUGAUCGAAGAAGCUUGGGCGGCGCAGUACACCUACUUGGGCGUGCACAUUGACAUGGAGGCAAUUCAGAAGCUGCAGCUCGAGAUCACGCUCAACGACAUCAAAUGGGCGAUUGUCAAUGCGCCUAAGCUCAAGAUCAAAGAGGAGCGCGUCAUGGUGGUACCCAAGAAGAACCGCAUCCGCAUCUACGUGCCACCAGAGGGACCUGACAAGGAGAGCGAUGUGUACUACAACCUCAAAGCGCUCAAGCGAGCCCUCCCCUCGAUCGUUGUCAAGGGAAUCCCUCAGGCCACGCGUGCGGUCAUCUCGGACGAAAAGGGCACGCGCAAGCUGCUCGUCGAAGGGUACGGCCUGCUCAAAGUCAUGACCACCGAAGGAGUCAUCGGCACGCAGACGCACACCAACCACGUGAUGGAGAUGCAGUCGGUGCUGGGAAUCGAAGCGGCGCGCACAUCCGUGUACCGCGAGAUCGAACACACCAUGUCCGCGCACGGCAUGAGCAUCGAUCCGCGCCACAUCAUGCUGUUGGCGGACACGAUGACGUACAAGGGCGAGGUGCUGGGUAUUACGCGGUUCGGCGUAGCCAAGAUGAAGGACAGCGUGUUGAUGCUGGCGAGUUUCGAAAAGACGACGGAUCACCUGUUUGAUGCGGCGCUGUUUGGUAAGAAGGACGAGGUGCUGGGUGUGAGUGAGAGCAUCAUCAUGGGUAAUCCUGCGCAGACGGUGGGUACGGGCAUGCCAGCGCUGGUGGUGCCGGCGCCUGCAUUGCCGCCUCGUCGAGCAUUGCUUUUCGAUCGUUAG